CUUUUUAUCCGAUAUAAUUCAGUGCCUAUAUAAACAAACUUCCUUUUACCCUCCACCAUGGAUUUCAAUAUUGCUUUGCAAGAAGUUGGAGAUUUUGGCCUAUAUCAGAAACUGCUAUGUGUGUUUCUAGUCGUGCCAUCUGCCAGCCUAUGUGCUUUAGUUUAUUUUACUCAAUUCUUUACAAUUCUGGUGCCUGAUCAUCGAUGCAGGGUGUAUGGAGAGGAUGAGUUUGGAGCAACUUAUUUAAAUAAAUCAAACGCAUCAUUACCUUUUGAGGAAAGGGAAGGUAUUUUUUUACCCAAAAGCUGUGAAAUGUUUGUUACAUUCAAUUCAUCAGACCAAAGCAAUCAAUCAAUUGGAAUUGAUGAGACUGUUCCCUGUCAAUAUGGAUGGGUUUAUGAUUUUCAAGAAUUAUACCCUACAAUUGCGACUGAGAUGAAUUGGGUUUGCAAAAACGAUCAGCUGCCUUAUCAAUCUCAAACAAUUUUUUACAUUGGAACUAGCAUUGGAUGUGUUGUUUUCGGUCUCAUAGCUGAUAGAUUUGGAAGGCGUCCAUCUAUUAUUUUAAGCUACGUUAUUGCUUGUGUGGCUGGAGUGGCAACAGCUUUUACAACAUCCUUCUAUACGUUUAAUUUCCUAAGGUUUUUUGUUGGAGCUACAAUUAUACCACUAUCAGAAGAUCCAUAUGUAUUAAGCUUAGAGUACAUAGGUGUAAAUAAACGAACAUUUGUCAUAAUUAUUUGGUCCAUGGGAUACAUCCUAUUCUCAGCCAUUUGCCCAUGGAUAGCAUAUGGUUUGCGUGAUUGGCGUCUUCUUUGUAUCAUUACAUCUGCUCCACUUGCUAUUGUGCCAAUUUGUGGAAAAUGGAUUCCUGAAUCUGCUAGCUGGUUGCUUACUAGAGGUAGAAGAAAAGAAUCAAUACAGCUCCUUAAACUGGUGGCAAGGAUAAAUCAAAGAGAAUAUCCAGAUGAAUUUGGAGAAAGCUGUCAUGCAAAAGCUGAUGAAGCAGAUAUAAAUGCAAAUAUUUUAGAUUUAUUUAAAACUCCAAAGCUGCGACGAACAACUUUAGUUUUAGCAAUUACAUGGUUUGUUGUUUAUUGCUGCUACCAUACAAAUACCCAAAAUGCUUCAAACUUGGGUACCAAUGUUUAUGAUUCUUUUACAUACAGUGCAUUAGUUGAGGUCCCGUCCCUUUUAGUUAUACUAUUUGGAAUAGACUGGUUGGGCAGACGUUGGCCUAUAAUAUUGUCAUCUUUAGCUGCUGGCAUUGCAGGAGUUAUUAUUAUGAUCAUCCCUCAAGAUUAUACAAAAACAUAUCUAGGCUUAGCCCUUAUUCAAAGAGUAACUUUAACCAUUGUUUACAAUGUCAUUAUGCAGUAUUCUGCAGAACUUUUACCAACUGUGCUUCGUGGACGUGGUCUGGCCUUCUUAAGACUGAUGGGUACUUUAGGGCUCUACCUAAGUCCUUCCAUAGUUUAUCUCGCCCUUAAGAUGCCUGGUUUACCUCUUUUAAUAUCUGGGGUGCUGCUUUUUGUGAUAGCUAUCAUAACUAUUAUUCUUCCUGAAACUUUACACCAACAUUUGCCUCAUACUAUAGAAGAUGGAGAAACGUUUGGGAAAAAUCAACAUAUCUUCGAGUGCCCAUGUUUAAAUAAAAGCAACGAAAAGAGUGAUGAUGAAGUUUCUACUCCAGUAGAAUGAAAGCUUCUCCAAACAGCUUUUAACUACUUAGAUCUUUUAAUUAAUUUAUUUAUUUAGCUAAGCAC